CCUACUAACCUUAGACAAUUAAGAGGAUUUCUAGGAAUUGCCUCUUAUUAUCGUCGAUUUAUAGAAGGAUUUUCUAAAAUUGCUAAACCUUUAAACCAGUUACUAAAAAAAGAUAACUCUAUCUAUGGACAGAAAAACACCAACAA